AUGCAGAAUAUGCCAGAUCAAAUAAAAAAAAAACAUGUGAAAUAUAUAGAGAGGCAUUUGCAAUUAUUGCCUGCCAAGUAUGAGGACAAUGAUGUGAACAAGAUGGCAAUACUGUACUAUAGCUUUCAAAGUCUCAGCCUUCUUGGGGAGGAUAUUCAGGGGAAAUAUAGCAAGUAUAUACCGUGGAUCAAGUCACAUUUGAUAACAAAGUCUGCUCCGAAGCAAAAUCAAAGAAUUUCUGGGUUUGUAGGGAGCUUAAAUGUAAGAGUUGAUGGUGUCAUUACAUUCAACUUGCCAAACACUCUCUUUGCACUCUUGGUGCUGGCUUUAUUGAAGCAGCAUCAUUACAUAUGCCAUGAAAUGGACGGAGAGUCUAUUGGGAGGUUUGUGGGCCUAUGCCAACUGCCUAAUGGCUCAUUCAAGUCGGCAUUGGACCUUUCAGGCACAUCUGUAUCACCAGUUGAUGGAGAAGAUUUGAGGUUUUGUUACAUAGCAGUCGCAUUGUUAUAUAUUAUCGGGUGCAGGUCGCCGGCCGAUUAUUCUAAGUAUAUCAAUGUCUCCAAAUUGCUAGAUUAUAUCAAAAAUCAACAAUGUUUCGACGGUGCAUAUGGUCAGUAUGGUGAAGCCCAUGCUGGAUAUACAUCAUGUGCCUUGUCGACAUUAGCUUUGCUAAAAGCAAGAGAGACUAUAGACGAGAAUUUUGUUGAGAAGACAUUAACCUGGCUCUCCCAUAGGCAGGUUUCCUCAUCCGACAUCAUGAGAAAACAGGAAGAGCAAAAUCCAUUUUAUGACACAGAUGACCAUGGUGGCUUCCAAGGGCGUCCAAAUAAGUUUGCUGAUACCUGUUAUGCAACGUGGUGUCUAAAUUCAAUCCAGUUGCUCACUAAAGAAUGGCAAGGGUAUGUGGAUCAGCGUUCAUUAGAAAACUAUUUACUAAACGUAACGCAGAAUCAGAUAAUCGGUGGCUUUAGUAAAAAUGAUGCCGACGAUCCUGAUUUGUACCAUACUUGUCUCGGAAUUUCAGCACUAAUAUUACUUGAUGAGCGUCUGGAUGGCUCUUUAUUUUUGCCAGCACAUAUUUCAAAAUUAUUUUUGAAAUAA